UUCCAGCAACCACAUCCCCCUGCUGGUUGAAUCCUUCCGCCUUGGCCCUGAGGGACUUUUUCUUCUGCUUUCUUAUGCUUAUUGACCUCCCGACGUAAACUAACGCACUUAGAUGAGACAUUUAGACGGGGUUCCUGCAUCAGAUAGAUCUUUUUAGAGGAGUGCGAUGACAUUUGGGGGUGGCACCUUUUGCACCUGAGGAAAGUGGCGGAGGGAGACGCUUUGUUGUUGCUGGGAAAGCCUCAGUGGAGGGUAUUGAGAAAGUCCAAGAUGGCGGUGGCUGCCAGGCCGAGGGGACCCGGCAGGCCUUAAGUCCAGGGAGGGGGGACGACGAGAGCGACACGGGGCCCGGAGAAGCGCUGGGGAGAUCCCGGAGAGGAGGCGGGAGCAAGGCCAGGGGGAGCGGGAACCAGGGAGAGCAGCUACGGCCAAACGGCCUAGUCACCCCCGCCUGCCAGGCCUGCGGCUCAAGUGAGGGGGAGGGGCCGGGCAUGGCCCCCUGAGGGGCCCACCAGGGAGAAAGGAGCCGGUGGGGGGGCAUGGAGUCCAGAGAGGAGCAGGGGGAGCAGACCGAAGGAGGAGACCAAGGCACCUGGGGGGGGAAAGGUCCCCAUGGGGACCAGGGAGACUGGGGGUCUCGUGGGGACAAGGGGGAACGAGGGGUACGGGGCUCGAGGGGGGAGAGAGGCCCUUCAUGUGAGAGGGGAGAACAUGGGGAUUGGGGGGAGCGUGGUUCCAGGGCAGAGAAGGGGGAGCGGGGUGCCAAGGGUGAACGAGGGGCUCUCCGUAGUGACAAGGCUGAGCAGGGUGAUGGGGUUCCCCGGGGUGAUAGAGCUCUUCGGCCUCCUAGAGCGUCAGACCAGGCAGACCGGGGUUUGUGGGGGAUAGAGCAAGGUGAAUGGGUGGAGCGUGGCCCACCCUGGACUGGAGAAUCUGACCCCCCGUUGCCACCAGAGGAUUUCUUGCCGCCACCUGAGUGUCCUGUCUUUGAGCCCAGUUGGGCUGAGUUCAGUGAUCCCUUAGGUUACAUUGCGAAGAUUAGGCCCAUUGCAGAAAAGAGUGGCAUCUGCAAGAUCCGCCCUCCUGCCGACUGGCAGCCCCCCUUUGCUGUGGAGGUGGAUAAUUUCCGGUUUACCCCACGGAUACAGAGGCUCAAUGAACUAGAGGCGCAGACCAGAGUAAAGCUGAACUAUUUAGACCAAAUUGCGAAGUUUUGGGAGAUCCAAGGUUCUGCACUGAAAAUCCCCAACGUAGAGAGACGAAUCCUUGACUUGUACAGCCUGAGCAAGAUUGUGAUGGAGGAAGGUGGAUAUGAAGCCAUCUGCAAGGAUCGCCGGUGGGCACGAGUGGCCCAACGUCUUUCCUAUCCAUCGGGGAAGAACAUAGGCUCCCUUCUUCGCUCCCACUAUGAGCGCAUAAUCUACCCCUAUGAAAUGUACCAGUCGGGUGCCAACCUGGUGCAGUGCAAUACCCAUCCAUUUGAUAAUGAGGAGAAGGACAAGGAGUAUAAGCCACACAGCAUCCCAUUGCGCCAAUCAGUACAGCCAUCCAAGUUCAACAGCUAUGGGCGCCGGGCCAAGCGUCUUCAGCAGGAGGAAUCCGAAUCGUGCCCUGAACCUGCCAGCACCCCAGCUCUGUUACCCGAGCGAGCGCCUCGAGCAUGGCCAGAGCCAACGGAGGAAGACAUCGAGAAGAAUCCAGAGCUAAAGAAACUGCAGAUUUAUGGUGCUGGUCCCAAAAUGCUGGGACUGGGGCUUGUGGCCAAGGACAAGAACAUGCGUAAGAAAGACAAGGAGAUACCUGAGUGCCCUCCAACAGUGAUAGUGAAAGAGGAAAGCCCUGUUCCGGACACUAAGCUGGAUCCCAUCUUGCCUCGAGGCUAUGCAAACAUGAAAGAGGAGUUGAGACACAGUCCAGAACCUUGCACCAAGAUGACAAUGCGCUUACGUCGCAACCACAACACUCAGUUUAUUGAGUCUUUUGUUUGCCGUAUAUGUGCACGGGGAGAUGAGGAUGACAAGCUCUUGUUAUGUGAUGGCUGUGAUGACAACUACCACAUCUUCUGCCUAUUACCACCCUUGCCUGAAAUUCCAAAAGGCGUCUGGAGGUGUCCCAAAUGUGUCAUGGCGGAAUGUAAGCGCCCCCCAGAGGCUUUUGGCUUUGAGCAGGCUACUCGGGAGUACACGCUACAGAGCUUUGGCGAGAUGGCAGAUUCUUUCAAGGCUGAUUAUUUCAACAUGCCUGUACAUAUGGUGCCAACAGAGCUGGUGGAAAAGGAGUUCUGGCGCUUGGUUAACAGCAUUGAAGAGGAUGUGACGGUGGAGUAUGGGGCUGACAUCCAUUCUAAGGAAUUUGGAAGUGGCUUCCCUAUCAAUGAUGGUAAAAGGCAGCUCUCUCCAGAGGAAGAGGAGUAUGCAGCCAGCGGCUGGAACCUCAAUGUGAUGCCAGUGCUGAAGCAGUCGGUGCUGUGCCACAUCAACGCUGAUAUUUCCGGCAUGAAGGUUCCAUGGCUGUAUGUGGGCAUGGUGUUCUCUGCUUUCUGCUGGCACAUCGAGGAUCAUUGGAGUUACUCUAUUAACUACCUCCACUGGGGUGAGCCCAAGACCUGGUAUGGAGUCCCAUCCUUUGCAGCUGAACAUCUGGAAGACGUUAUGAAGAAACUGACCCCAGAACUUUUUGAGAGUCAACCAGACCUGUUGCACCAGUUGGUCACACUCAUGAACCCCAACACUCUCAUGGCUCAUGGGGUCCCAGUUGUCCGGACCAAUCAGUGUGCUGGAGAAUUUGUCAUUACCUUCCCUAGAGCCUAUCACAGUGGUUUCAACCAGGGCUACAACUUUGCUGAAGCAGUCAACUUCUGUACUGCUGACUGGUUGCCAGCUGGUCGCCAGUGCAUUGAGCACUACCGCCGCCUCCGUCGAUACUGUGUCUUCUCGCAUGAGGAGCUAAUCUGCAAGAUGGCUGCUUGUCCUGAGAAGCUGGACCUGAACUUGGCAGCCGCUGUACACAAGGAGAUGUUUAUCUUGGUGCAAGAGGAGCGCAAAUUGCGCAAGGCUCUCCUUGACAAGGGUAUCACAGAGGCAGAGCGGGAGGCCUUUGAGCUGCUCCCAGAUGAUGAGCGCCAGUGUGACAAAUGCAAGACAACCUGUUUCUUGUCAGCGCUGGCUUGCUAUGAUUGUCCGGAUUGUCUGGUCUGCCUCUACCACAUCAAUGACCUCUGCAAGUGCCCCAGCAGCAGGCAGUACCUCAGGUAUCGGUAUACUCUGGAUGAGCUCCCAGCCAUGCUGCACAAGUUGAAGGUUCGAGCAGAGUGCUUUGACACGUGGGCCAACAAGGUUCGAAUUGCUUUGGAAGUGGAAGAUGGACGCAAGAGAACCUUGGAGGAAUUGCGUGCCCUGGAGUCAGAGGCACGUGAGAGGAAGUUCCCAGAGAAUGAGCUCCUUCAUCGGCUCAAAAGCUGCUUGAGUGAAGCAGAGAAGUGUGUCUCGGAGGCCCUGGGUUUGAUAAGCAGCCAAGAAAUGGGAGAACCAUCAGUUCAUAUGACGGUGGAGGAACUACGUGCCUUCCUAGAGCAAUUGAGUAACUUGCCCUGUGUUAUGCACCAAAUCAAGGAGGUCCAGGGUGUGUUGGAGAAGGUGGAAGCUUUUCAAGCAGAGGUUCAGGAAGCCCUACAGGAUCUUCCAGGCAACUCCCCAGAGCUGCACAAACUGCUGGCGCAGGGGACACACCUGGGGGUGGAGGUACCAGAGAUGGAACUGCUGGAGAGGCAGGUGCAACAGGCCGUCUGGUUGGAGGAGGUCAAACAGACACUGCGUUCACCCCAGGAUAAAGUCACGCUCUCGGUCAUGAGGGCACUCAUUACCUCUGGCUGUGGGGUUUCCCCCAGCCCUGCUGUGGACAAGGCCAUGGCUGAGCUGCAGGAGUUACUCACUAUCGCCCAGCGUUGGGAGGAAAAAGCCCAAAUGUGCCUAGAGGCCAGGCAGAAGCACCCACCAGCUACACUAGAGGCCAUCAUCAAAGAGGCAGAGAACAUCCCAGUGCAUCUGCCUAAUAUCUUGUCGCUCAAGGAGGCGCUCUCCAAGGCACAGGCUUGGAUUGCCGACGUAGAGGAGAUCCAGAAUGGGGAUCAUUAUCCUUGCCUGGAUGACCUGGAGGGGCUUGUGGCUGUGGGUAGGGAUUUACCAGUGCGUCUGGAGGAACUGCGUCACUUAGAAGUACAAGUAGCUACUGCACAUUCCUGGCGGGAAAAGGCCUCCAAGACCUUCCUCAAAAAGAACUCCUGUUACACGUUACUUGAGGUGCUGUGCCCAUGUGCUGAUGCCGACUCGGAGAGUGUCAAACGCACCAAGUGGCAGCGGGAGAAGGAACCAGGCCUAUACAAAUCUGAUACAGAAAGCCUGGGCCUCUCAGCACAAGACCUCAGGGACCCUGGCUCCGUUAUCCUGGCCUUCAAAGAAGGUGAACAGAAGGAGAAAGCAGGGAUCCUACGCCUACGGCAGUCAAAUGCCCAGAAGCCCAUGCCAUCCACGCAUAGUCCUCCUGGGGGCCAGUACUGUGUGUGUUCCCAGCCUCCAAGCCCUGCUAUGCUGCAGUGUGAACUGUGUCAAGACUGGUUCCACACCACCUGUGUGGCUUGGCCCCGCCUGGGCAACCCCCGCCCCUCUCCUGCAUGGUGGGAGUGGGAAGCAAAAUUCCUCUGCCCACUCUGCCAGCGCUCUCGCCGGCCUCGCCUGGAAACGAUCCUGGCUCUGCUUGUGGCCCUACAAAAGCUUCCUGUACGACUGCCUGAGGGAGAAGCCCUGCAGUGCUUGACAGAGCGAGCCAUUAUGUGGCAAGACCGGGCCCGCCAGCUCCUCGCCUCCUCUGAUGUAGCAGCUGCCUUGGAGCGUUUGGUGGGGCUGCGGCAGCAGCUGGUUGGAGACUCGGCCAAGGAGGCAGGUGCUCUCAAAGAGAGCAGCUGUAAUGAACAGACCAAGGUUUCCUUGGAGAAUGGGGACUCCACAGCUCCAGAGAAGAAUGGCUCCUGUGCCUCAGACUUGGAGACACUCUGCUCUUACCUGCCACGGGUGCAGGACCGUGUACUGGAGUUGGCAGAUUCCAUCCGCCUGCCCCUGGAGGAGCUGCUGAUGGAGGGGGACCUUCUGGAGGUGACGCUAGAUGAGAGCCAGAGCAUUUGGCGCCUGCUCCAGGCUGCUGCUGCUCCCCAGCUCGACAAAUUCCACCAGCUGCUAGAUCUGGAGCAAGCAGAGCGGCGUGGCACCCGUGGGCGAGGCCGGGACUCAGAGAGACGGCGGAAGCGGAAAACAGAGCGUGGUGACUACCCAUCCCUGCCCAAGGAGGAAUUAGAGCCAAAGAAGAUCCGUGGGGCAGACCCAGUGCUGCCCCAAGGUGGGGCUCUCCCUGCAGCAGGCACAGAUUGCAGUCACAAUGGAGUUGGGCAGUUGUGACGACUAGAAGAUACCUGGAUUUCCCCUUCCUGGACUAUACUGCACUGCAAGGGACUCUGGCAGCCCCAUGUCACUCUGUUGGUUUGACUAGCACUCUGCAUGGGGGGGGGAGGCACCUAGCCCCAGAAACUUGGGGCCGCAAUUCUAACCCCCCCCCCCCCGGACUCAGCACUGGCCCUGCACCAGACUGUUUUCAGACGAUGUAAUGUUUUGUUUUCUUUUUCCUCCUUUUGUAUUGUUGAUACCUUGGCAGGGGAGGCAUUGCAGGGGUCACCAUGGGCACCGGUAUGCAGAGCCCACCUGUUUCCUUUGGCAGAAGUGACAGGGAGCACCCUGUUCUUGUAAGGGUUAGAGCCUUGCAGAGACCUGUUGUGGGUCAUAGCAGUGUGUGCUGGGAAAAUCCCCAGCUCCUUGCUUCAGGCAGUAAAAGGAGUCGGGCACUGUCUUGAGGACAAUGCCCUGCUCCUCGUACCAGCAUUCCCAAGAUGCAACAGGAACAGUGCCUCCUGUUGGACAGAGGGGCAGCUCUCCACAAACACCCCAAUCCUCCUCUGGUCCCUGUUGGGUUUUAUAGGAAUUGGGGUAACCACUUUGUUCUUUAGGUGGUGGAAAGGGCAAGGAAUCUUCUCAUUCCACUCCAGCCUCUCCUCCACCCUCACCUUUCUACCCCCAAAUCAUGGGCCCCAUGCUGCCUCAGGCUCUGACACUAAAGUCUUUUUGUCUUUCUCUUUUUAGUGUUUUCCCUUUUUUUCCCCAGCAGGGGAGGGUGGGCUGUUGAGGGUAGGGAGGGGUGUGUUAUUUUAUUGUAUUAUGAUUUUUUUAUUAUUAUUAAACUUUGGAGGUUAAUGAACUUACUUGGAUUUUGGGGUGAGGGCAACCUGAUCAGUCAGGAGUGAUGUUAGCAAUUGUCAUGUAAAAUUUUGGUAUGCGCAGCUCUGUUGACUGCUCCUGUCUUGUAACUUCCUGCUAUGUAGGAGGAUGGCUGUGGAGCACUGAGAAGCCCUGAUUAGCUGCUUUCUCCUUUUGAAAUUCUGCGUUCUGGCAUCCUGAUUUUCAGUGAAAGUUAGUGUGAUAUGAUAGAGCAGGGAAUGGCAACCUGCAGACCAAGGGCCACAUGUAGCCUUCAGCUUAAUUUCAUACUGGAAGGGGGGGAAGGGGGAUAAAAAGGAGAGGGCAGACUUUAAAGAAGGGGAUGGGAAAGCUUUCUGCAAGUGCUCAGUUCAGGCCUCUGACAAGAGUAGUCCAUCCCUUUCCUCAGCAGCCCACUGUGUAGGGAGGGAGGAGAGGGUGGCAGGAAAAGAAAGAGAAGAAGGGUGCCUGCUUUUGGCACCAGCCCUGCCCACCAUCAGCCCCCUGCCAGAAAGGUUCUCUACCCCUUGCCCUAGCGUGCCUGAUUUCCCCUCCAGUAAAGAGCUGCACAUCACGAAGAGAAGAGCCACAAACACUCUAGGCAAAACAUGUAGACAUUGCCAAUAAGACACACAAAGAAGGAAUUUGAGGAGCAGAUUGUUAAGGCUUUGAACACAAAUGUUAAAAAGCUUCUAUAAAUACUUCAGAAGCAAAACACCAGCCAGAGAAGUAGUAAGACAGAAAGUGAGUUUUCUGUGUCAGUCUUCACUGUAGAAGAACUUGGAGACUUCUCCGGGUGUGCACCUGAAAAGCUAUGUUAAAUACAGAUGACAAAGGUUGAUGUUUCAGAACUUGAUUGUCAGAUUAAAAAUGAACAUCAGCUGGGCUGCAUGACACUGAACCAAGACUUCUUACCUCCAAUAUUAAAUUGUUGACCUUUUGUCUAAAACAUGUAAUUUACUAGUAAAAUUUGUCUUUCUUUUUUUA